AUGCAUGAACUAUUUCACAAACUCCAUAUUGAAGACAGACACAUUAAUAAACUGAGAGCUGCAGAUGUUCUUCAGAUAACCAAACAUUCAUUACAGUCCCAUGAGUCUUGUGCUGAAGAGGAGCUGAUUCAGACUUUCAUACAAAAACUACUGAUGAUGAACUACAGAGCAAGAAAUAUUAGCGUUGAGGAGAUUAAUGAACAGGAUCACAUUCCGCAAAGACACAAUGACUCAUCUGAUGAUGAGAGUGAUAUUUUCAAUGAAAUGUCUAUCUCUAACAAAGGAACAAGCAGAUCUGAUCUCAUCCACCCGAUGGAUGUUCAGAUGGCCGUGUUUCAUUGUGCUGAUGGUUUCCUGAAGCAGCUGAUGGUGACUAAACUGGCCCAGUGUCAGUACGCUCUGCCUCUGCUUGUUCCUGAUCCAUUCACACGACAGAUUGAGUUUCCUCUCUGGACAUUCAGACAAAUCAAGAAGAGCUGGAAGAUGAGAAACACCAAAAAUGAGAUUAUCACUCAAACCCAGCCGAUCUACAAGGCAGAAACUCCAAUGGUGUGUUUCUUCAGGUUUGGCUCUGUGUCUUCAUCCAAGUCUCAGCUGAUGAACAGUCUGAUCAAUGAGAAACACAACACGUUCUUCCACAGGAACUGCCCAGGCAGCAGCAGAACCAGAGAGCUGAUGGAUGGAGUGGUGGAGAUCGCCUGGUUCUGCCCUUCUGGAAAGGAUACGGAUAAAUUCACUGACUGUGUUGCGUUCUGUAAUCUACACGGUGAUGCAGGAGACCAUGAGAAACAGCUGCAGAUCCUCACUGAAAUGGCCUCAGUCAAUGUUGUUCUUCUACCAAAACUAGACAGGAACGACAAACAUGCAGCAAAUAUACAAAAACUGUACAACAACAGAAAAGCACUCAUUUGUCUUUUAACUGAAGAUGAAUCUACUGUAAUUCAGACAAAGAAAGGAAAAUACAAGAUUGGUCUUAAAGACAGAAAUCACCCAGAUGUCGCUAAAGAACUCAGAAGAGCUAUAAAUGAUUGCAUCUCAGAAUCAUCUUCCACCUUCAGACUUGAAGAUGUGUCCAAACACUCAGAUAUCAGAGUAGAUGAGGAAGAUGAUGGUGACUGCAGGAGAGGAAGAGAAGCAGCACAGCAGAUGAUGAGUUUACUGGGGAACAAAGAUCUGACAGAAAUCAAAGAAUCAUUUCUGCCUCAUCAGGGGAAACUGUGGCAUCAGUGGAGUCAGAAGAACAAAGAACUGCAUCGACUUCAAGCAGAUGAGAUCGAAAUAAGAAAAAAAACUGAAAUUAAGAAUAUCCGUGAACAGCAACAUGAAUCUGACAUCAGUGAGUUUAUAAAAUUGUUUAUUAAAGAAAUAUGCUCAUAUGAUAAAUAUGUUAUGAAGUUUUUUCUUAUUUGGCUCCAAAUCUUCCUAGAUGAAUAUACAUCAAAGGAUAUUACUUUUCUUCAUCACAAGUAUAAUGAAAAAUGGUCUGUGGUUAAAAAACUGAAAGACAAUCAUGAUAAAUCUGAGCAAUUCAAAACUGAACAAACCAAGCUUGAGAGAAUAUCUGACGAACUUCAAGCUGCAGCCUUUGGUUUGGAGCACAUCAUGAGGGAGAUCGGACAAAUCUAUGAAUCAUGUGAAUCAGUGAAGAAGAACAAGAAAGACCUGAAAGACUUCUCUUCUCUCCCGAGUCUUGCAGCAGAGAUGAUGAUCUCUGGAUCUCCACUGGAGCUGAUGGAUGGAGACGCUGCUCAUGUUCCUGUGAUCUGGAUCUCCGCUGUUCUAGAUCAACUCAUCCAGAAACUGGGAGACCAGAGAGUCUUUGUGCUAUCAGUUUUAGGGAUCCAGAGCUCUGGGAAAUCCACCAUGCUGAACGCCAUGUUUGGACUCCAGUUUGCCGUCAGUGCUGGCAGGUGCACCAGAGGAGCUUUCAUGCAGCUGGUCAGAGUCUCAGAAGAGAUGAAAACACAGAUGAACUUUGACUAUAUUCUGGUUGUUGACACUGAGGGUCUUCAUGCUCCAGAACUGGCUGGAAGAUCAACAAGACAUCAUGACAAUGAAUUGGCAACAUUUGUUGUUGGUCUUGCAAAUCUGACAUUGAUCAACAUCUUCGGUGAAAACCCAUCUGAGAUGCAGGACAUUCUUCACAUUGUUGUUCAGGCCUUCAUGAAGAUGAAAAAAGCCAGACUGAAUCCCAGUUGUAUGUUUGUCCAUCAGAAUAUUUCAGAUGUCACAACUGGACUGAAAAACAUGGAGGGAAGGAGACGAUUGCAGGAGAAGUUAGAUGAAAUUACAAAACUCGCUGCUGAAGAGGAGGUCUGUGAUGCAGAACAUUUCAGUGAUAUCAUUAGAUUUGGUAUACAGAAAGAUGUGAAGUAUAUUGCUCAGCUCUGGGAGGGAAACCCACCCAUGGCACCACCAAACCCAAACUACUGUGAGAACAUUCAAGAGCUAAAGAAAACCCUUGUAUUUUUGGCCUCAAAAUCUCAUGGAAUGAUGUUUAUAGAUUUAAAACACCAUAUUAAAGAUCUCUGGGAGGGUUUACUAAAUGAACGAUUCGUCUUCAGCUUCAGAAAUUCUCUGGAGAUUUCAGCUUACAAGAAACUGGAGACCGAAUACAGCAAGUGGUCCUGGAGUCUUCACAAUGCCAUGAUGGAAAUUGAGAAUAAACUACACAACAAAAUAGAAAAUGAAACUAUUCAUGAGGUUGAGGAAACUGAUCUUCAAAGAGAACUGAAGAAGACAAGUGAAGAAGUGGAAAAAUCAAUGUCAGAGUUCUUUAAGAAAGACCCUGAUGUUGCUUUAUUGAUUCAAUGGAAAACAUCAUUUGAAACCAAAACUAAGGAGCUUCAGGAAAACAUUGUGAGAGAAACAAAGAGAAAAUUAAAUAAGAUUCUUCAGCAGCAAGACCUGAAGAAAAAGAUUGAUGCUCAGAGGACACAUCAUAUAAACACUCUCUAUGAAAAGAGCAAAGAACUUGCCUUAAAACUCAAAGACAAAACAGAUGAGGAAACACUGAAGAAAGAGUUUGAUUUGUUUUGGGAACAGAGUAUGAAGAAGAUCAUCACAGGCACUCAAACUUUAAUCAAUAACAUUGACAUAAUGAGAGACAUGAAAGAGAUCCCAAGUGACAUCUAUGGAAGUGCUCCUGUAGGUCAGAAGAACAGAGAGUACAACAACAUUUCCACUGUGCAAAGUUAUUCUGAAUAUGUUACUGAAUACUAUAGUAUUUUCCAGAAAUACUGUCAUGGAGCAACUUCAGCUGCUAUAUUUGGUGAGAUCAUCUGUCAGAAACUUAAAGAUCCCAUUGAGCAGAGUGUCUACAAGAAGACUGCUAGAGAUCUGACAGAAGAAAUUAAAUCAAACUGUGAAUCGCUGAAUGGAAACAGAUCAAAUCUGGAGAAACACAUCCUGAAGACACUGGCGGAAGAGGAGGAUUUUAACAAAUACAUGAACUACAUUGAUGAAACUCUUGAAGUGAUCUCUGGGAUUAUCAGAAAUGUUGUCAGUCGGUACAUCACUGAUCAGUUCAGUGUCAGUGUUUUACCCAAGAUGGAGGAGAACAUUAAACUCCUGCAGCAGAAGAUCAUGAAAGCAGCUCAUGAAUCUACUGAACAUGUUCAAGUGAACAGAGGAGAUGCUGGUUUGUGGUUGAAGAGUUUCACACAGCAGCUCUCAGAUGAGCUGAUCUUCUCUGAAAAAGACCUCAGUGGAGUCAAACAUGAUGAUGUUGAUGAUUUCAACCUCCUAGAAGAUGUAAUAAGACAAGAACUUACUGAUAUAAUGUCUGACAUCAGCAGUAGAUUCAACACAGAGACAUUUCCAGUAAAGCUGGACUAUAAAUUCAGACCAGAUGAGCUUCUGAUUGAUCACCUCUGUCAGUGCUGUUGGGUUCAGUGUCCGUUCUGUAAAGCCACCUGCACCAACACCAUAAAAAACCAUGAUGGAGAUCACAGUGUUCAUUUCCAUCGUACUAUUGGACUGACAGAGAUAUAUUACAGAAAUACAUCCAACUUGUCUACUUAUAUCUGCACAUCAGCAGUGGCAAACAGUAAUCUAUAUUUUUUCCCCAUUGACUCGGAUGAUAAAAUCCCCUGGAGAGAAUACAGAUCAGCAGGAGGGAAAUAUAAAGACUGGAGCAUCACCCCUGACCUCUCUGAACUGCCCUACUGGAAGUGGUUUGUGUGCAGAUUCCAGAAAGAUCUGGAAAAAUACUACAAUAAAACAUUUGAGGGGCAGGGUAAGAUCCCAGAAGAAUGGAGAAAAUAUUCAAAACAAGAUGCUAUUGAGAGUCUUGAUAAAUACAUUUAA